AUGCUGCUGGUCUGGGGGUCACUGCUAUGCUGGGGGCUGCUGCCCCAAGCUCAAGCGAAGGCCCAACACCUGCUCUUCCUGUGAAUCAGCAAGAAUCAGCUGGAAACAGACAUUUCAGAUCUAUUCUCGGAACACCACAUCCUGGACCACAUGGCCAGGAUUCCUGUGAUGGGGCCCACCAGUGAAGGUGUCACCAUCCUGGACCACCUGCCCUUCAUAAGAGGAGGCCUCUCCAAGAAGAGCAAUGCAUUUGAUCUCUCCCUGGUCGGGGACCUACUCUCAGGGAAGAGCCUCCCACUGCUGGGGGAGCUGUUCCAGGUGGGCGGGUUGGUCAUAGAAGAUGUCAAAGGACCUGAGGUUACCCUGCACAUCCUGAGCGCCAGCCUGAUGCAGGUCACGUUGCGAAGCAAACCGUACUUCUCACUCCAGGAGAUACUGCAGCUCAAAGUCAUCAAGAACAUUCGCAUUGGGGGACAGCUGGAACAGACGGGGAACAAAGGGGUGGUCUUCGAGGAGUGCCACACCCCACCAGGAUACCUAAGCAUCAAGGUCCUAGAGCAGAUGGACCUCCUCCUGGCGAACGCAGCUCUGGAGUUGGUGACAAGUGUCCUGGAUGAGGCAUUGCCCUUCCUCCUGCAGAAGAUAGUAUGCCCCCUGGCCACGACCCUACUCAACUCACUGCUGGAAGGCCUGCUGCAUGUCACUCUUCCUGGUUUUGCUGCAUCCCCGGCCAUCUCGGGCCCUGAAGACUUCCAAUACUAUGUCACCACCACGGAGGUCACAGACGAGGCCACCCUGAUGAACGUCCAGCUUGUGACACCCUACGGCCCCAGCCAGAGACCCCAAAGGCCUGCCCACCUGACCCCCCAACCCCUUCCAAAAUUAGCCCAAGACAGCAUGGCAGACCUGGCUUUUGGGCUAGAAACCUACAAUGACAUCCUGUCCUGCCUCUACACCGGCAAGGAGAUCCAUGUGGACCCCCAGGACUCCAGAGCUGCCGAGCUCAUUCAACUGUUGGCCCUGGGAGAGUGGGAGCCUGGGCCCCAGAUGGGUACUUCUAAUCAGUCCAGAGCAAGUGUGAGACUGACCAUUAGCGCCCCCGACCCUCCCACUGUCCACAUUGAUGGCCACACCACCAUGGUCACCCAGCCGGGCUUGCUGGUGCUGCUGAGGCCCAGCAACACCUCCUCUGUCUCAGUUUCCUCGAAUCUCCUUUCGAAGGCUGUGUUUUCCUCAAGAAGUCAGGAGUUAAAACUUCAGUUCACUCCAAACAGCGGUACCACAGUCACCCUGGUCCCUUACCCUGCUGGCCUUGCAAAGCAGGAAAAAUGUAUGGAGGCCUUUCUCUUAGAGCUUCUGAACAGGAUAUUUUUGCCCCAUCACAACGAGCUGCUCAGAGAACGAGACCUCCCGCUGCCCAAUGUCAAGGGCAUCUCCUUCGACCAGGCCCAAGUGGAGCCCUCCAAGGGUUAUGUGCUACUGACUAUUCCGGAGGAAGAGCCAGUUCUUCCCAAAGGCCUGUCCCUCCCCUCAGCCACACGUGCUCUGGAUCCUUGA